AUGGGUUUCCUUGGAUCGUGGGAACAGAAGGGAGCCGACGCAAUUUCUGAAAAACGUGACAAACGUCAUAAAAACAACAUUGUUGUGCCUGUGACGGUACGUGGGCACGCGGAGGUGCGCGUGGAGUUACAAAUGGAGCGGUGGGCGGCGCGCGGCGGCUCGGUGCGGCUCCGCUGCGUGCACGACGUGCCGCCCCAUCUCCUUGACAAAGUGGUCUUCCUCCGACACGGCACCAAAAUCUUCCAGUACAUUAGGGACCGGAAACCGCCUUAUAGAAACUUUACUACGCCCGGAGCCGUGCUCAACAUCGCCUUAGCUACGGAAAACUCUAUAAUCCUACAGAACUUGGAUUUCGCUGCGAGUGGCAGCUACUCGUGCGAGGUGUCACUCGACACUCCUAUAUUCACUAAAGCUUCCACUGAAAAACAGCUUACAGUAUUCCAUCCGCAAAAGCAUCACCCUAGGAUCGACUUCCCGACACGCUACCUCAGCUUCGGUGAAACUCUUCGAGCAAACUGCACCACUGCGCCCGCGGUACCAGCCCCACAUAUAACAUGGUUCAUCAAUGGCAGAAAGAUGGACGAGUUGGUAGCCCACUCACACAAGUUCCGCGUACCGAUGAGUGAACGCAAUGGACGCCGAGGUUUACAGCGAAGCUUCGAGUACGACACUGGCAUCAGCAGCCCUCCUCCAUUGUUAACCCUCACACACGCCUCUCACGUCGCUACGAGACCACCCGGUUGCAGCUUAAAAGAAAAUCAGAUGGCCGAAGUAAAAGAACAUGAAGAGGUAAAUGUUAUCCAUAUGAGCAGUCGUCACAAGAGUCGUAAACCCAGCAAGAGAGAUCUAUAUGUGACCGUGUCGGAGCUACAAAUAGUGGCGACUGGAAGGCUGGAAAUUACUUGCGUCAGCACGAUACCUGAGUUUAGAAGUAUCGAAGACAGGUUCGCCGACGUCAGAAACGAUACAGUUAUAGUUGACGUCAUCAAGCCUCCAAGCCUGUCUCAGCCGUCUGCCAACUUAACAACGGCUGACUCCAGUACAUCAGGAUCAUCAAAAAUUCCUCCAAAUCUAAUUCCAUCUCUAACGUGUAUUAUAAUUAUAUACUUGCUCACAAUUGCUUGAUAGAGCAAGUUGUUAAAUUUAAAUAAUGGGCUGUGAUAAAAUAUAUAAUACUUAUGUUCAUAAUACAUACCGUACUUACAUAAAUAUUAUAACGCGCGUGAGUGAAAAUGUGAAUAUGCUAAUUGUGUAGUACAGGCACAAACCAAUUGAAUUAAUUAAUUAAAUAAUAGAAGGCCAUUGACUUAGUAGGUUAAUUUAAGUGAUGUUCAUACUGCUACGAUAAGAAUUCCAUGCAAACAGGCCACUAUUUGUAUAACAUAAUAAUGGUAAAUAACGCAAUAGAAAUCGUAGCUAAAGGUACUUUAUAAACCAUGGAUAAAUUGUCCUUUGUCGAAUUUACUAAAGUCGGCAAAUAUUUAAAAGAACAGCUUUCGGAUAUAAACUUUUCAUAACCAUCAAAAUGGAUUCAGAUUUUCAUUGAUCCAUUCUAACGCUAAUACAACGAUAUGAUGAAUUAUGGAUAAUUAUAGCUCGU